AUGGGAAGACAAGCAAAAACUUAAAAGAAAGCUCCUAAAGCAGCCACUAAAAAAAUUGCAAAAAAACCAGCUGGCCCAAGAUAAACUAGAACAAUCAAGGCUGCAGUUGCUGAAGCUUAAGCUACAACUUAACCAAGUGCUGGAUAAAGAAAAUUACCAAGAUAAAACAGAAGAAACAAGCAAGCCAAAAAAGCUAAUUCUAAGAAAGCAGCAUAAAAAAAAUGAAUGGAUAUAUAAUUAAUAAAAUAUUACAAUAAAAUGUUUAUUUGA